AUGGAGUCUGCAUAUCUUGUCAUCAUCACCGGGGCUUUUGACGGGGUGGGUAGGGUGUUUUCUGGGGUAGUUCUUGAUCUGAAGAAAGUCAAAAGGUUCCGGGUGUAUAUCUACAACAUCAUCAUGUUUCUGGUGGGCGGGGUCUCCUGCGUUAUCCCUAUGACAGGUACGUACACCCAGCUCUGUGUAGUGUGUGGACUGUACGGGCUACUGAUUGGAAUCUACAUCUCCCAGAAGUCCGUCAUCCUAGUCGAUCUGUUGGGCGCGGAAAAACUCAUAAACUCUUUCGGACUCCUGAUAUGUUUCCAGGGCGUGGGAAUGCUUAUAGGUCCACCUUUCUCAGGUUUUCUGAAAGACAUCAACGGACAAUAUGAGAACGCCUUUUAUGUGGGAGGCAGUUCUAUGUUUUUGGGAGCUCUCAUUUUAUUGACUUCAAACAUUCGACAUUUAAUGUUAACUAGGAAAGGCCAGUGUAAUGAAAAAGAACAUUGAUUGUACAUGAUCAGAUAAAUGAAGUAUAUUAUUUGUAAUUUACUAUAUAUGGCGGUUGUUUUGGUUGUUAAUUUUGAAUUUAGUGCAACGGUAUAUUUACGUUUAUUGGGGUGGGUGAGUGGGUUUUUUUCUAUAGGUUUGUUGUUUUUUUUUGCAUGACCAUUUACUGCUAUGUUGAUCAAAAUACUGAAGUACCAGUAUAUUGUCCUAUUUUAGUAAUGAUAGAUUAUCCCCAUGACUGUAUUAUAGUAUAAUCAAGAUCGUCCGAUAUUACGGUAUAUACUGGACAUUUUUGACGUAUUUCUUCCUGUAGUCCCGGAAACUUUUAGUGCGCAUGACCAUUUACCAUUCUCUAUAGUAACCACAAAUUUUAAAGUUAACGGCAGAUUAUCGCCAUGACUUUACUUAAGUAUUAACCAAGAUUGUUUGAUAUAGCAUGAAAUGCAUUUAGAUAUACCUGUGUAUUUGAGUAUUUGUGACAGAAAUUUAUGUUUUUUUCAAGUGUUUUAUCGUAUGUACCCGACCCGUUUUUAGUUCAGUAAU